AUGCAGAUGUUCGUUGUGAACACCAACGUGCCCUGCGCCUCCGUGCUGGACAAGCUUCUCUCAGAGCUCACCCAGCAGCUGGCACAGGCCACGGGCAAGCCGGCCCAGUACAUCGCGGUGCACGUGGUCCCAGACCAGAUCAUGGCAUUUAGCGGCUCGAGCGAGCCGUGCACACUCUGCAUCGGCAAGAUCAGCGGCGUGCAGAACUGCACCUACAGCAAGCUGCUGUGUGGCCUGCAGCCCGAGCGCCUGUGUGUCAGCCCCGACAGGAUCUACAUCAACUACUACGCCAUGAAUGCGGCCAACGUGGGCUGGAACGGCUCCACCUUCGCCUGAGCACCACGCGGGC